AUGGGUUUGCCAUUGGGACCACUAUCGGCAGACAUUUUCAUGGCCAAAUUAGAAAACGGAGUACUCUCAAAACCCAUAAAAGAAUUCCCCUUCUACAAACGAUAUGUGGAUGACAUCAUAUGUGUAUACGAUGCUGACAAGGAUGCUGAUAUUCUGUUGAAGAAAUUCAAUGGAGCUCAUCCGAAAAUAGAGUUCACACUGGAAAAGGAAUCCACCAAUGGUCUCGCAUUUCUGGACGUAUUAUUGUCUCGACGAUCAGAUGGCUCCAUUCUUACAAGCAUCCACCAUAAAAAAACAUGGACGGGACAGUAA